GGCAGCUGGGUAGUCAGUGUCUUAACUACUCUGGAGCGGAGAUUUAACCUGCAGAGUGCUGAUGUUGGUGUAAUUGCUAGCAGCUUUGAGAUUGGUAACUUGGCCCUUAUCCUCUUUGUGAGCUACUUCGGAGCAAGGGGACACAGGCCACGUUUAAUAGGCUGUGGUGGGAUAGUCAUGGCCUUAGGAGCUUUGCUUUCUGCACUGCCUGAGUUCUUGACCCAUCAAUAUAAAUAUGAGGCUGGAGAGAUCCGGUGGGGAGCCAAAGGACGGGAUGUGUGUGCUGCCAAUGGAUCCACCAGCAACAAGAGACCAGAUCUGGAGCUAAUCUGCAGGAAUAGGACUUCCACCAACAUGAUGUACUUGCUUCUCAUUGGUGCACAGGUCCUACUGGGGAUUGGUGCUACCCCUGUGCAACCUUUGGGAGUCUCCUACAUCGAUGACCAUGUGAGAAGGAAAGAUUCUUCCUUGUAUAUAGGGAUCCUUUUCACAAUGUUGGUGUUUGGACCAGCCUGUGGAUUCAUCCUUGGCUCCUUCUGUACCAAAAUUUAUGUCGAUGCUGUCUUCAUUGACACAAAUAAUUUGGAUAUGAAUCCAAAUCCAUAUCCGAUAAAGCUGGUUGUUAAACAUUUACCAGCACAGCACUGGAAAGGUGUUCUGGGUGCAGUGAGGGAAAGGAUUUUCUUUGAUGUUGUUUCCAUUGUGAUACCUAAAGUAACAAAGCAUUUACUGUCUAACCCCGUGUUCACCUGCAUCGUCCUCGCAGCCUGCAUGGAGAUUGCAGUGGUUGCUGGCUUUGCUGCUUUCCUGGGAAAGUACUUGGAACAGCAGUUCAACCUCACAACUUCUUCGGCCAACCAGCUGUUGGGGAUGACUGCUAUCCCAUGUGCAUGUCUGGGUAUAUUCCUAGGAGGUCUUCUUGUAAAGAAGCUCAGCCUGUCUGCUCUGGGAGCCAUUCGGAUGGCCAUGCUAGUUAACCUGGUGUCUACAGCUUGUUAUGUUUCCUUCCUCUUCCUGGGGUGUGAUACAGGUCCUGUGGCUGGGGUUACUGUUCCCUAUGGAAACGACUCAGCACCUGGCACAGCCUUGGAUCCCUACUCUCCUUGCAAUAAUAACUGUGAAUGCCAAACCGACUCCUUCACACCAGUCUGCGGGGCAGAUGGGAUCACUUACCUGUCUGCCUGCUUUGCUGGAUGCAACAGCACGAAUCUCACUGGCUGUGCAUGUCUCACAUCCGUCCCCUCUGAAAAUGCAACAGUAGUUCCUGGGAAAUGCCCCAGUCCUGGUUGCCAAGAGGCCUUCCUUACAUUCCUCUGUGUGAUGUGUGUCUGCAGCAUGAUAGGAGCAAUGGCUCAGACUCCAUCUGUGAUCAUCCUCAUCAGGACAGUCAGCCCUGAACUCAAGUCUUAUGCUUUGGGGGUUCUAUUCCUGCUCCUUCGUUUGCUGGGCUUCAUCCCUCCUCCCUUGAUCUUCGGGGCAGGCAUCGACUCCACCUGCCUGUUCUGGAGCACAUUCUGUGGCGAGCAAGGUGCCUGCGCCCUCUAUGACAACGUGGUGUACAGAUACCUAUACGUCAGCAUCGCCAUUGCCCUCAAAUCCUUCGCAUUCAUCCUCUAUACCACAACGUGGCAGUGCCUGAGGAAAAACUAUAAGCGAUACAUCAAAAACCACGAGGGUGGGCUCAGCACGAGUGAGUUCUUUGCCUCUACUCUGACCCUAGACAAUCUAGGGAGGGACCCUGUGGCCCCAAACCAGUCACAUAGGACAAAAUUUAUCUAUAACCUGGAAGAUCACGAGUGGUGUGAAAACAUGGAAUCUGUUUUAUAGUGACUAAGGAAGGACAAAUUAUAUUAGUAAUCAAAGGGUCCUUUUUCUUAAAAAAAUUAAAAUAAAGUUUUAAAAAAUGGAAACAUACACACACGACAACUACUACAACAACCACUUUUGUCCUUUUCUCAAAACCAUAGCCAGACAGGAUUCAGAAGGAUGAGGCAUAUGGGAACAUGCACUUGACAUUCUUCGGGAGCAAGGCAGGAAAUGCCAGCGGGCCUUGGUGGCAGCCCUCUGAAGGUUCAGAUGUGGUCUCUAGAAAUGCCAUCAGCUCCAAGCAACAGGGAAUGAUGGUGGCCAGUUCAGCAAAAUGGACAUUUUUGGACAUAAAAACCUAUCAUCUUAUUAAAAAAAAAAAAGCUGACAACAUUUCCAGGAUAAGCACUAGUGACACUCUAUGCCACCUCCUCCUUCAAUUUGGGGCAGGGAGGGAGCAAGAGAAGAGGGGGUGGGAGAGCUACUCCCCUCUAACCUUUGCAAUAUGGGUCACUGUGUAGACAACUCACCCAGUCUGCAUGUUGUUCCAGGCCCCAGAGUUCUCUCAGCGAUGUUAUUGGGUGAUCCGUGCUGAAGUCGAUAAACGACACCCCUCACCAGCCGUAUUUCCAUGUUCAAAAGUUAGAAAACUGAGAGAGUGAGGGGAGAAUGGAGUGCGUGUGUUGGGGGACGGAGGGCUCAUCCUUCCCCCAUCAGCACAUCCAGAAGGUGAGAUGUAUCCACCUCCUCCCAAGCCUCACAGACCUCAGGAUGUGCUGGGCCUUCUCUGUGGCUAUGACUGGCUGUGCUCAGAGCCAUGGAGACCCAAAUUUAGUUCAAGUCAUUUGCUUACAUUUGCCAAACAUUUUGCCAUUUUUAAAUGGGUAUGGAUUUCAAACAGUUGUAUGUAUAAUCUCUAAUACUAUUUUUAACUAUUUCCAAAAGCUAUGUUAACCUUUCAGUCACUAACAGAAUUCUAUAAGAGGACUUUAUUAUAUGCUGGUCGCUUUCCUUUUUUUUUCUUUUUAAUGCACCAAAAAAAAUAUAAUGUGAUUCAAGGGAUGCA